AUGCCUCGAAACCUUCUUCUGCGUGUGAUCUCAGGCAUUGUGGUGCCGCCAGGGUCUGAAGCUUCCUUGAUGGCAUCGGCCUUUAGCGAUAAGGGCGUGCGGUCAUUGCCAACACAGGUGCGGCGCUUUCUUGAUCGACACUUGCGCAAUGCAACGAAUCAUUGCGAGGCGAGGCGGCAAGCUUUGGAUGAGAGCAUCUCAAAGCUGCCUUGGGUGGACACCUUGUUGUGGCUCGACCCUGCAAUGUUGCCGAAGGUUGAUGAAGAAGCAGAAGGAAAAGAGAAAGAUGAAAAGCAAAAGGAUGAAAAGCAGAAGGACAAGGAGAAGGAGAGAGAGAUCCCUCGCAGCCGUCGAGGAGAUCGACCGGAGCGACCCAAGCAGAAUGAACGUCUCCUGCAGAAUGUCCUAGACGAUUCCAAAAGACCAGUGCUCAAGCCGACCAUCAAGAUACCGGAGCCCACUCUGCGGUUGCCACCAGGGAUUUGGCCACCGCUGCCUCCGCGCUAUGUGAUAUCUGAGAGGGGCUUGCAACAGUGGAAGGAAGGCAUUCGUCAGUGGGAGGACGAGAUCUACCAGCAAAGAUGCCCUGGCUUAUGA